AUGGGAUCUGCAAACCAGCCAGUCUCAUCGAUGCCGGGUUUCAAUGUACCCUUGAACAAGCUGCCAAAGAAAAAUGUUUUCAACCCCUAUAACGAAGGGUUUCCCUUGGCCUUGCUGCCUGAAGAGAUCGGAAUUGAUAUGAAUGCGAUCACACAACGGGAAAUUGUAAUGAUGCAAUUCAUGAACACGAUCAUGGAAAAGCCCGAGUGGGAUCGAAAGAUUUUCGACACAGAAAUCACAGCAAAAUGGCGCAACGAAAUCGCCCAGAGUGGCCAGGACGUGUCACCUAAAAUGAUCGAAUGGAUCCUCAAGGAGCUUGAGUGGAAGGCGAAAGUACUUAAAGAAACAGGAAUCGUCUCAGCAUUCGAUCCUGGUAUUUUCAGAUCCGAUACAGCAGUUCCCGAAGAAGUGCAACAAGCACUGAAAGACGCCGUAAAACCUCUCGAAGACGUACCAGAAGACCGAAAGGACUACCAUCCAGGUUCAGACAACCAAGUCAUCGAUCUUGUGCAUCCUUCUCUCUUCCCGGUCGUGUAUGGUAAGACUCGGGUUCUGGCUGACAGUAUUAUUGGCCUCGAUGAUUGUCUCCAUCAUGUAGGGCAGGGUGAGCUGAUCCCAAUUCCCUCGAAGAAAGAUCUCGGCCAUGCAAAUUCCGGGCCGCUUGACCCUCACAGUUACAGCGCUUGGGAAAAGUUAUAUAGUGGGAAAUUCCAAUGGCUCCCUUGUGAAGUGCAACUGCUGGAUGGUGGUGACUGUCGAAUCGUGUCAUACAUCAACAAUGCACACCCUGUGCAGCACAAGGCCUUGUACAAAGUUAUUGAAAAUGUCAUCUCCCAGGCAUUACCCCUUUGGGAGAAGAGUUUGUCCGAACUUCCCAAUCUCAGAAUCGCUUAUCGCAAGGUUGAGUAUGCUGAGCAUCCAGAACCUGAGCCAGAAGAAUCAUCAGAUAAUGAGGAUUUCGACCAGGCUGAGUUCGAUGAUGCUUAUACAAAGUGGCUAGAAAACCAGCCUAUUAUUCUUCCUGAACCAGGCGUUUUCGUGCCUCCAGAAGAAGCUGGCGAUCUGAACAUGCAACGUCAUUUUCCGGACACAAAUUUGCAAGUUAUCGUAAAGCUGGCAAACAUUGAAUUGACUCCUGAGAAGCCAAACUAUAAUGGCGGCUCUUGGCACAUCGAGGGACAGUUGAACGAACGUAUCUGCGCUACCGCGCUGUACUACUACGACAAUGAAAACAUUAACGAGAACACUCUGGAUUUUCGUAAACGUGCGACGAUUGAUGAGGAAAUCUCAUACGAACAAAGCCGCCAUGAAUUUUUACAGGCUGUUUUUGGAUUCGGAGACGACGUGAGUGGCUUUGGGGGCGACAACACCACCCAGUAUAUUGGAGGCGUACUAUGCAAAGAAGGACGACUCCUCACUUUCCCCAAUACUAUUCAACACCGUGUGUCCUCGUUCUCACUCGCCGAUCCGUCUAAGCCGGGCCAUAGAAAGAUUCUGGCACUUUUUCUGGUGGAUCCUCACCAUCGAGUCAUUUCCUCGGCCAAUGUGCCCCCACAAAGCGAGGAAUGGGGUCAGGAAAAACAGGGCCUCGUGGACCAAGUUUUAUCACGAUUGCCAGCAGAGCUACAGAGAAUGGUUGAGGAGGGUCUGGAUCCUUUGAUGACUAUGGAAGAAGCCAAGAUGCUCAGGCUAGAACUUAUGGGCGAGCGCGGACUCAGCUCAGCGAAUGCUAAUAAGGAGUUUGAACAGGGUGACUUCUCCCUUUGUGAGCAUUAA